GCAGGCAGCACAGUUCACCUCUUAUCCUGAGGAGUCACUGCUCCCCCUUGCUUCCAGCUCCCCAGAUUGAGCCCUACACCUUGGGGCACUGAGAGUGUCUUUCCUUCCAGAUGGAACUGAUCUGACUUGCAGCGGGUCGCAGGAGCAGCUUAACUGUCUUCUCCAGUAACAAGGCCUGGGGUCAUCAUGGCAGCAGGAGUAGCAGCAUGGUUGCCCUUUGCCAGGGCAGCUGCCAUAGGAUGGAUGCCAGUGGCCAACUGUCCCAUGCCACUGGCUCCAACGGAGAAGAACAAGAGGCAGGAUGAGCUGAUCAUUCUCAAUGUGAGCGGCAGGCGUUUCCAGACCUGGAGGACUACACUGGAGAGGUACCCGGACACGCUCCUGGGCAGCACUGAGAAGGAAUUCUUCUUCAACGAAGACACCAAGGAGUACUUCUUUGACCGGGACCCUGAGGUCUUCAGGUGCAUCUUAAAUUUUUAUAGGACUGGCAAGCUGCACUACCCCAGGUACGAGUGCAUCUCUGCUUAUGACGAAGAGCUUGCCUUCUACGGCAUCCUCCCUGAGAUCAUUGGGGACUGCUGCUACGAAGAGUACAAGGACCGGAAGCGGGAGAACGCGGAGCGGCUGAUGGACGACAACGACUCGGAGAACAACCAGGAGGGGUCCAUGCCGUCCCUGAGCUUCCGGCAGACCAUGUGGCGAGCCUUCGAGAACCCCCACACCAGCACCUUAGCCUUAGUCUUUUACUACGUCACCGGUUUCUUUAUUGCUGUCUCUGUGAUCACUAAUGUUGUGGAAACUGUCCCGUGCGGCACGGUGCCUGGGAACAGGGAGCUUUCCUGCGGGGAAAGAUACGCUGUGGCUUUCUUUUGCUUGGACACGGCUUGCGUGAUGAUUUUCACAGUCGAGUAUCUGUUGAGACUCUUCGCGGCCCCAAGUCGCUACAGAUUCAUCAGAAGCGUGAUGAGCAUCAUUGACGUGGUGGCCAUCAUGCCCUACUACAUUGGCUUGGUGAUGACCAACAACGAGGAUGUCAGCGGAGCCUUUGUGACACUGAGGGUUUUUAGGGUUUUCAGGAUUUUCAAGUUCUCUCGCCAUUCCCAAGGCUUAAGAAUCUUGGGCUACACUUUGAAGAGCUGUGCCUCCGAGCUUGGCUUUCUCCUCUUUUCCCUCACUAUGGCAAUCAUCAUCUUUGCAACUGUGAUGUUUUAUGCAGAGAAAGGGUCCUCGGCAAGCAAAUUCACCAGUAUUCCUGCUUCCUUUUGGUACACUAUUGUAACCAUGACAACACUGGGUUAUGGUGACAUGGUGCCCAAGACAAUUGCUGGGAAGAUAUUUGGCUCCAUUUGCUCCCUGAGCGGGGUGCUGGUCAUUGCUCUGCCCGUUCCAGUCAUUGUUUCCAACUUCAGCCGCAUCUACCACCAGAACCAGCGGGCUGACAAGCGGAGGGCUCAGAAGAAAGCCAGGCUGGCCAGGAUCCGCGUGGCCAAGACGGGCAGCUCCAAUGCCUACCUGCACAGCAAGCGCAACGGCCUCCUGAACGAAGCCCUGGAGCUGACGGGAUCCACUGAAGAUGAACAGCACACGACUAAAGGCACCUCCUUAAUCGAAAGCCAACAUCACCACCUGCUGCACUGCCUGGAAAAAACAACCGGAUUGUCCUAUCUUGUGGAUGAUCCCCUGUUAUCUGUACGAACUUCCACCAUCAAGAACCACGAGUUCAUAGACGAGCAGCUCUUCGAGCAGAACUGCAUGGAGAGCUCGAUGCAGAACUACCCUUCCUCUCGGAGCCCCUCCCUGUCCAGCCACCACGGCCUGACCAGCUCCUGCUGCUCCCGCCGCAGCAAGAAGAGCACCCACCUGCCCAACUCCAGCGUGCCCGCCACCCGCCUGCGCAGCAUGCAGGAGCUCAGCACCAUCCACAUCCCCUGCAGCGAGCAGCCCUCCCUCACCACAAGUCGUUCCAGUCUCAACAUGAAAUCAGAUGACGGGCUGAGACCGAACUGCAAAGCUGCCCAGAUAACAACAGCCAUCAUCAGCAUCCCCACGCCCCCCGCGCUCACCCCCGAGGGCGAGAGCCGCCCGCCCCCCAGCCCCGGCCACUCCACGAACAUUCCCACCACCACGAGCAACAUCGUCAAGGUCUCUGCCUUGUAAGACGUCUCAUGCACAGAAGGAGGCUGGCAGACCAGUGCCCCCCUCUCCCUCCACACCUCCAUGCUCCUUUCUUGCUGCAAAUUGUGCCUGGAUGGACCAACCUGACGUUUCGCCAUCGCUCAGCGACGGACCCGACGGGGCAGCUUUUCUUCGGGCUCACAUCCCAGCUGUGGACUGAGGAAGGGUUGGGGAAGGAAGGACGAGGCUGGUUAAAGGAAAAACCUGCACGGAGAGUGUGUUGUGCCAGGGUAGAGGGCAAAAAGUCACCCGUGGAGGCCAGAGGGAAAGAAGCAUCAUGGCAAGAAGAGAGUCCCUGCAGAAGCGGAGAUGUAACACUGUGUAUCGCAGCACCUGUGGCAAGGUUUUUAAUGGAUAAUAUUUAUUCAUGAGGAAAUGACUGAACAGGUGAAAAACAAUGGAUUUUGUGAAUUUUUUUUCUUCAUGGAGCAGAACCUUUAGACCAACCAAAAUUUCACUUUGUUUGUUUUGUUGUUUGUUUGUUUGUUUUUCUUUUAUAGGAAAAGAUUUAGACAAGAAGCCACCUGUGACAGAUCCCCCUUCCCAGCCCUGUGUGUGUGUGUGCGCAGCAGCCAGGGCACAGCAGCACUGCCUGCCAGGCAGCAGAGCCUGCUGCCAGCCCUGGGGGCACAGCUGGGACACACAAGCACGUGUCAGCACACAGAUGUGCACACACACACA